AUGGAGGGCAACAUUGGUUUUAUUGGGCUGGGCGCCAUGGGCAGCCCAAUGGCUAAGCGAAUUGCCGAUGCCCUUACAGACGACUCGCAAGUUUUUGUCUACGACGUUGUGGAAGCUGUUUUGGAUGAGCUACUGGCCUCGAACCCAGCCAAGAUCCAGAAAGCAGCGUCACCAGCAGCAGUUGCGAAACAAGCGACGACCAUCAUCUCCAUGGUUCCAGAAGGCCGACAUGUUCGCGAUGUGUAUCUCGACGCCAACACGGGUAUCAACACGGUUGAUCUGUCGAAACACCUCCUCAUAGACUGCUCAACGAUCGACGUCGCCACGAACCUCGCAGUCAAGAAGCAAAUACAGGAAAGCUCGCCAGGGGUCCGGAUGUACGACGCUCCAGUCACCGGCGGUGUGCAAGGCGCAGAAAAAGGCACGCUGGCCUUUUUCUUAGGCUGCGCCGAGUCAGAUCCCUCAUUCCCUGCCGUCCAGAAGCUGCUGAAAACGAUGGGCCGUCAGGUCAUCAGCUGUGGUGGUCCCUCCCUCGGCCUUGUAACAAAGCUCACGAACAAUUACCUGUCUGGUCUCAUCGCCAUUGCGUCCUCGGAAGCUCUGAACAUGGGCAUCAGGGCGGGUAUGGAUCCAGUCGUCCUAUCUCGUGCCUUGUCGGCUGGCACAGCACAGAACGCCAUCUGCGAUAAGUUCAACCCCGUCCCGGGUGUCUUACCGGAAGCGCCUUCCAGCCAUGGAUACAGGGGAGGGUUCAAGGUGCAGUUGAUGAAGAAGGACUUUGCGCUGGCGGUAGACAUGGCCAAAGAUGUUGGCGCUACGCUUGCCCUUGGGCCAGAAGGGCUGCGAGUAUAUGAGGGGGCCAGUAACGACCUCAAUUGUCGCGACCGAGAUUCGCGAGUUGUCUAUCGCUACCUCGGAGGUAUUGAGGAUCGAGCUCAUGGGAAUCGAAGUAACGGAGCAUAG